AAGCUCGUUCCCUAAUGAAGUUAUGCAUUUUUAGUAAGAGGUAUCGCUCUGGUACACAAUCUCUGUAGAAUUUUACGUGCCUUCAAAGCCUUCGACAGUUUCCUUCCUCAUCUCUUCCUUGGCGCUGGUUGCUGUUGUUGUCCCUUGGCAUCAUCAUCAUCGUGUAGACCUCCGUCUUCAUCUCGUAGCAACUCUUCUACUCGCAACCAAGAAAACGAAAUCAACAUGUCGGAAGGCAAGGUAAACCCCAUGAAGGAGAUCAAGGUCGACAAGAUGAUCCUGAACUGCUGUGUCGGAGAGUCCGGUGAUAGAUUGACCCGUGCCGCCCGUGUGUUGGAACAGUUGACCGGUCAACAACCCGUCUACAGCAAGGCCCGUUACACGCUCCGUUCCUUUGGAAUCCGUCGUAACGAAAAGAUUGCCGUCCAUGUCACUGUCCGUGGAGAAAAGGCUCUCGAAAUUUUGGAGCGUGGUCUCAAGGUCAAGGAAUACGAACUCAUGCGACGAAACUUUUCCGAAACUGGAAACUUUGGAUUUGGUAUCAACGAACAUAUUGAUUUGGGUAUCAAGUACGAUCCUACCACCGGUAUUUACGGUAUGGAUUUCUUCAUUUGCUUGACGCGUCCUGGGGCCAGAGUUGCCAGGCGCAAGAUCCGUCAGGGACGUGUUGGUUUCCCACACAAGAUCACCAAGGAAGAUGCCAUCAAAUGGUUCCAAACCAAGUUUGAUGGAGUGGUGCUAGAAAAGGAAGUCUAAACAAUACAAUAAUAAUAGCACAUCUUAUCUAACUAAAAGGCAUUCAUCAAGUUUCUGG